AUGGCAAUUGUUUUGAAGCUUGCAAUUUUGGAGAAUUUAAAUUUCAUGAUUGGUCCAACACGAAGGCUUUACUUCUCCUCCUCCUCCUCUUCUUGUUCUUCCUCCUCUUGCUCAGUAUUAAGGCUGCCACUCAAGCUCCAUUCUUUGGAAGGAAAAUAUGCCUCGGCUUUAUUUUCGUCGUGUAUGAAGACAAAAAGCCUUGAGCCUGUUUCCAAGGCCCUACUUUCGCUGCACUCUCUGUUUACGAAAAAUUCAAACGAAACUUGCACAACGUUAUCACCUAUCGGACAAAAACUAUGCGAUCCAACCCUCUCGAUCAAGGAUAAACGAAAGAUCGUUGAUAUGAUUGGUAAGACCCUGUCUCCCCCAUUUAUUCCUAUCUUUGGAAACUUUUUGUAUUUGCUGAUUGAAAAUGGCCGUUUGCAAAUGUUCCCCAAAAUUAUGCUGGAAUGGAGUACAUUGCUGAAGUCUCACAAAAAUGAAAUCGAUGUAACCAUUAUCAGUGCAAUUCCAUUGCAAGCGGAAUACUUCAAUUCGCUCAAAUCUAAACUUGUUGCCAAGUUUAUUUCGCGUGGAACUAGUGCACAUUUUUUUAAUAAGGUCGACCCGGCUAUUCUUGGCGGCUUUAUUAUCAAUUUUGGCGAUAAAAAUAUAGACAUGUCGGUCUCUUCGAGAAUGAACAAUUUGGAAAAAAUGGUCGAUUUUGAAUUGUCCAACGCACAGCUGUUAAACAAUGCGGCCCUGCGAUAUAAUGUGUGUCGAGUCAAAAGAAAUGCAUACAGUAUGGUACAUCAAGUUGGAUCUCUCAUUCAUGGCUGGAAGGUUAUCGAGUCGGAGAGAAUCCCCCAGUUUGGAGCCACCGUUACAAGCCUUCAACAUUUGCAAACUGGGAGCAAAUUUUGCAACAUAUACAGAGCAGACGCUUCAAAUGUGUUUAGUGUUGCAUUUCCCACGGCCCCUCAGGACAAUACGGGAGCUCCUCAUAUUUUAGAGCACACCGUUCUUUGCGGAUCAAAAAAAUAUCCUGUUAGAGAUCCGUUUUACAAAAUGCUGAACAGAUCUCUUUCCUCGUACAUGAACGCCUGGACUAGUUCGACGUUUACCAUGUACCCAUUUUCAAUUCCAGCCGGAAACGUCGCAGACAUCAAAAACCUCCGUUCCGUUUACUUUGAUGCACUAUUUAACCCGCUUUUGAGGAAGCUUGACUUUUUACAAGAGGGCUGGCGGACUGAAAUUGACGAACACGGAUCCUUGAAAUUCAAGGGCGUUGUUUACAAUGAAAUGAAGGGUGCGUUCUCCGAUGCCGAUGAUGUGUUUUCAAGCAAACUGUUCCGAUCGCUUUUGCCUGAAAACAAAGAAUCCGGAGGAGAUCCAGCAUUGAUUCCGCAUCUUACUUAUGAGAAUCUGGUUGCCUUUUAUCAAAACUGCUACCAUCCAAGCAAUGCCUAUUUCCUUGCCUAUGGAACCCAUCCUUUGGAGGAUCACCUUUUAUUUAUUAGCGAGCAAUUUUCAGCAAGCUCUGUAUGUAGGCCAGUGCUGGCGAAUAUUGGCAAAGAAGGGAUCACUGGAUUGCCGGACAAUUUGGACGAAUUUCCUAAAAACAUUUGUGCCUCCGGUCCUUGUGACCCAUUAGGCCUUGAGCCAGAUUACCAGGGACGUUAUAUCAAAUCCUGGCUUACUAACGACCUUUCUGAUCCCUCUCUGUGUACAAAAGAGUCUCUUCAACUAGCAUUUGAUCUAUCUUCUCUGUCGUCAUUGCUUUUGGAUGGGCCUUCAUCGCCGAUGUACAAGGCACUUAUUGAUGGCGGUCUGUCAAGAACGGGAGAAUAUUGUCCGUCUGGCUAUAAUUCCUACUCAUCCAGAUUAGCAACUUUUGGUAUUGGAUUGUCCGGCGUUAACGUCAAAAGCAACGAGGAGCUUGAAGCUAUCAAUUUGGCCAUCACUUCCACACUUGAGGCUGUGGAGCGAGAUGGAUUUUCUUCAAAAAGAGUCGAUGCUCUCCUUCAUAUGAUGGAGCUAUCAUUGAGUCAUACUUCGGCAAACUUUGGUCUUGGCUUGGCGCAAAGAAUCAUACAGGCCUGGAUUACCAUUAACUCGUCUCCAAUUGAAUUGAUGAAGAUCCACGAUCGCAUGGACCAACUGCGAUCUUCAUUAAGAAUUAGCGAUGGAGCCUAUUUUCGAUCGCUCAUUCGCCAAUAUCUUCUAGAUAACAGAAGAGUUAUCAACUUUUCAAUGGAGGCAGAUCCAAAUUACUUGAAGCUGGAAAGCGAAAAAGAGACCCAGCUGUUGAAGACUCUUGAGUCGUCCCUGGACAAGAAUCAAGUUCUGAUUGAAGCUAAGGAGCUUAAGGAGGACCAGAACAAAAUUCAAGGUACAUUUUUAUUGUCCCCAUUAAACUGCAGACAGU